AUUCGAAAUAUCAACGCGUUCGGUAAAAAUAAAAACAAAACACGGAAAAUUUUGAAAAAAAUUGUCUUUACAAUAAUAAUCGAUUGAUUCAUAAAUACAAAUUGUUUAAAAGUUAAAAAAAUAAACUAAAAAAAUUUAAGUGAAAGAUAUUUUAGUAAAAGUGUGAACACAUAUAGCGUCCAUUUGACAAAAUAUAAUUUCACUACCGAAAACUUGAAUUGGAAACAGCGUCAUUUAGUUUUUCUAUUUUUGCCUUUGAAACAAAAGUAUUAUAACUUGUGAAAAUGCCAAGAUAUCGAUAUGGUCGCAAUUUAUCAAUUUCUAUAUGUCUAUGGUUUGCCCUGCUUGCAACUGCAACUUCAGAUCCUGUCUUUCAAAAAGUCCAAGAACAAAAAUCGACUUUGGAAACAACCGGCUAUUUGACAACACAUGAAUUGCAGCUCUUUCGUGAAAGUUUACAAUUCAUUAAGGAUGAAAGUUGUCGCAGAGCUUUAAAUGCAACGCUGCAAGGACUUUUGAGCAAUGCACAAUGGGCUGUGUCGAUGUUGGAUGCCUCGGUCAGAACUCCUGUUGGCAUCGAAAGCCAAGUCAUACAUCAGCUGGGUCAUUUCGAUCAAUGCUUUCAAAAGCCUCUCCCUCAACCGGUGACAUCUUCAGAGACAAUUGACUUCCUACAACCAGUGCCAGUUCAAUAUUGUCUGGUGGAUGUUACAAUCAGUGGGGUAACAUCAAUGGAAACCAAUGUUAUUGAGACAUUGACUUCGCGCUGGGGCGAAUGUGUACCGGCUGUGUGCGGUGGAUCGGAUGUUGAAAUCUAUUUGCAGCACUCAUUGCAACGCAAUGUGACGGUCACCGACAAAAUGUGCCAAUCGCAACCGCACGAAACUUCCAUAACCUGCGGAAUGAUCAUUUAUGCACUUGUCUUGGCAUUCUUUAUAUUUUUAACCAUCUUGAGUACGGCUUAUCAUCUUUAUUUGAUAAAAUCAAGAGAUGACGAGAACAGCCUUAGCAAGACUAUGAAGGACAACAAUACUCGAAACAUUGCCUUAUUAUCAUUUUCGAUAAUUGAAAAUACGAAAAAAUUAUUCCAACCCAGCAGAGAUCAAAGUGGAUUAAAACCUCUGAAUGGAAUCAAGGCCUUAGCUAUGGUUUUUAUUUUAUUUGGCCAUGCAGCAACAUUCAUCUAUGGAAGUCCCAUGUACAACGUUAACUUUAUAACUGAGAAUUCAAAAAGUGCUCUCUAUGGCUUCAUUACAAAUUCCUUGCUAUUCGUCGAUAUCUAUCUAUUGUUGAGUGGCUAUCUAUUCUUUCGAUUGGUCAUUGUCGAGCUGGAGAGAAGAAAGGGAAAAUUAAAUCCUCUUGUGCUAUAUGUAGGCCGAUAUAUAAGACUGACACCAGCUUAUAUGGUGGUUAUUGGUUUCUAUAUGACCUGGUUCACCAGCAUCAGUAGUGGGCCCAUAUGGCGAGAGAGAAUCGAACUGCAACAGGAUCGUUGUCUACAGUCAUGGUGGUUGAAUAUUUUAUAUGUCAAUAACUACAUUAAUUCUGACAAAUUGUGUAUGUUCCAGUCUUGGUAUCUCUCGGCCGAUACCCAACUGUUCUUUGUGGCGCCUAUGGUUUUGUUUCUGAUUUAUAAAUGCCGAAAAAUUGGUUUAGCCGUUUUGACCGCUUUAACACUUAUAACUUCUGCCAUACCCUUUGUUGUGACCUAUGUGGAAAAAGUGCAACCCACCUUGAUGGUCAGUAGCAGGGAAGCUGAGGAUCUGCUCAAGAGUGAAUAUUAUCAUGAUAACUACAUUAAGACUCAUAUGCGCGCUUCGGCUUAUUUUAUUGGCUUAGCUGUGGGUUAUUUGGCCCAUGUUAUGCAAAGUAAAAGAAUUAAACUACCAAAGUAUCUGGUACGCCUUAUGUGGAUAUUGAGUUGCAUUAUGGCUAUUGGUUCAAUGUUCUCAUUGGGACGUUUCUAUGCAGCACCCUUUACAAACAUCGAAAGCACUCUGUAUGGUGGUUUCCACAAAUUAUGCUGGAAUUUGGCAAUCGGUUGGCUAGUAUUGGCAGUUACUACGGGACAUAGUGGAUGGGUUCGACGAAUGUUAAGCAGUCGAUUUUUCGUACCAUUCUCGCGUCUAACAUAUUGUGCAUAUCUAUGUAAUGGUACAGUAGAGUUAUACAAUACAUCUAGCAUAAGGAUUGCAGAACAUACAGGAUAUUUGGAAAUGGCCAAUGCCAUGACCGCUCACACCUUGAACACAUUCACAUUGGGUUUCUUGUUAUGUUUGGUCUUCGAAUCACCUUUACACGCUCUGGAACGCAUUUUCAUGCGCCAGUUCAAUAGCCGAGAUACUAGCAAAAAGUCCAGUAAAGGCAGUUCAUCAGAUGAAUCGCCAUCCACAUCGGAGGAACAAGUACCAUAGGCGAAAUUGUUACGCCGCUAAUGAUAAUCUGUGAUAGUUUUUAAGUAAUCUCAUUUCGGGUAUUUUUUGUUUUUUUUUCUUUAUUCUUCAGCUCAUGUGAACUCAUCGAAUCUUUCUCAACAUUACAUCAUAUCUGAAUAGAUUGGUUCGGUUCGAAUCAUUAAGUUUUAUUUUGUUAUUAUUAUUAUUAUUUAGUGAUUAAGAUAUAUUUUUUUAUUUAAGUAUUUACUUGCCUUUUAUUUUUGUAAUAAAGAAACCAACGUCAA